GGUGGGUAAAAGCGGUUCCAACGCAAAUGGGGAGGGGAUAGGAAAAGAGGAGAAGUUGGGAGGCCACGUGGUGUCGAACACCGAGUAGUGGGGGAUCGCACGCUCCCCUUCGCUCCGGCCGGCAGUUGAUGGUUGAUACGCGACCCGCGUGUAUGCCGGUCGAGUUUUUUUCCUCUCCGGUUUUUGCGGCAGUCCGUGCUCUCCGAUCGAGCUGUAGGGAAAAUUGUGCAGUUUUAAUUUUUGAAACGGUGAAGAAGCUCAGGUUUUUUUUCUCGUUUUCCCAUUCUUCGAGCAGUCGGUCGUUACGCGGAAUAAAGGCGUGAAAACGAAAGGAUAAAUAAUUAUUGUCGCAGUGUUUCGAGUGUGGUGUGGGUUUUUUUUUUUUUCUUUCUGUCGUGCGAGUGAUAAUACUGCAACGAUGGUGUGCACGUCGCAAUUUUCGACGAUUUAACGGAGGAUCAGUUUGUGCUUCCUCUGGAUGGUUUUUAACCGUAUUUAAAAUUUCGAAUCCCCACCCGCCCCCGACCCCCCCUUAAAUGCCCCUAUUGUGACGGUGGAGUGAGUGAUGAAGUUGGCCAUUAUCAGUUUAUGAAAACAAGUGUACAAAGCGCGACGAUGCUGUGACGAGAGGAGAGGUACACGAUUUACGUGCGUUUUACCGAAUACCGUGUGGCAUUAUUUCGUACCUCCUGGAUACAUCGGUGAGACACGUGCGUCGCAUCUUGCGAUCGAAACACGCAAGGUGAACGGAGUCCGAAACCGCGACGCGGACGAAGUAAUCGCAACGCAGUGACCCCCGAAGGAUGUAUCCGAGCGCCGGGAUCAACGCGGCAGCUGCCGCAGCUGCAGCUGCUCGUCACCCGGGACCGCCGCAGCCAGGUCAACCGUUCAAAUUCACAGUGGGCGAAUCAUGCGACAGGAUAAAAGAGGAAUUCAACUUCCUUCAAGCACAAUAUCACAACAUUAAAAUGGAGUUGGAGAAAUUGGCUCAGGAGAAGACCGAAAUGCAGAGGCACUACGUUAUGUACUACGAGAUGUCUUAUGGGCUCAACGUCGAAAUGCACAAACAGACGGAGAUCGCGAAGCGAUUGAACGCGAUAAUCGCCCAAAUUCUUCCUUUCCUCUCGCAAGAACAUCAGCAGCAGGUCGCUACAGCGGUGGAAAGGGCGAAGCAGGUCACGAUGACGGAGCUGAACGCGAUCGUUGGGCAACAGAGGCCCGACCUACCGCGAUUGAUGCAGCAAAUGCACGCCCAGCAGUUACCACCCGGAGCGUCGAUGGGACCACAUCCCGGAUUGCCGGGACUUCCCGGACUCGGACCGGGAUCGGCACUACCGGUUCCAACCUCCGCGUCCGCGGCACUUCUUCAGGGUCUCGGUCUUCCAACGGUCGCUGGAGCGGCGCCAGGGGGGAGCGCUGGUCACCCCUUAGCGAUACUCGGGAAACCCGAUCAUCACAGAGGGCAGCCGGAUGACCUCAAGAGUAACGGAGGAAUGAGUUCUGCGGAGGAGAGACACAGGAGUUCCAUAUCGCCAGGGGACAAGUACAGCCGCCCCAGGAGUCCUCCGGAUCAGCAUCAUUCUCACCACUCCCAGAACCACCACGACCACCAGAUGCAUGUGAAAAAAAUGAAGAAGGAACAGGACAAAGACAUGGCCCACCAGAGCGACGGGGAGAAAAGCGACCAGGAUUUGGUGGUGGAUGACGCGAGCGAGGGGCCACCGAGUCCCGCGGUAAACGGUACCUCAUCGCCUAGGGAAAAUGGACUCGACAAGCUCGGUUCGUCGUCGGUACCCAUGAACAGUCAGGUGAAAAAAGAAGUGCCUCCUCAUUCGCCGAGAAGCGGGACCAGCAGUAACGCUAGCACACCGUCGGCGAAGAAGAUGGACGAUAGGGAGAAGACGACCACGCCAAUUUCCAAACCUAUGACGCCCACCUCGGUAUCCGGUACAUCGAAACCGUCGGGAUCCGGAAAAAUGAUUCAGGGACCACCGUCGGCGGUACCGAGCGCCUAUCCACCGCAUUAUCCACCGGGUCCACCGCCGCAUCAUUUGACACCCGCGGGACAACAUCCGCACGUCGAUAUGCUAGGUUUUAACGGCUACGCCGCACCCAGACCACCUCCGCAACAACUUUACGAUCCCCACGCGGCCAUGAGAGCUCCGAUGGGGUCCUUGGGAGUACCUGGUGGAAAGCCGGCGUACAGUUUCCACGUUUCCAGCGAGGGUCAGAUGCAGCCGGUCCCUUUUCCCCCAGAUGCCUUGAUAGGUCCUGGCAUACCUAGGCACGCGCGGCAAAUAAAUACACUGACACACGGGGAAGUUGUCUGCGCGGUAACCAUAUCGAACCCCACGAAGUACGUGUACACCGGCGGUAAAGGGUGCGUCAAAGUCUGGGACAUCGGCCAGGGUGGCAACGGAAACGUGAAGCCGGUUUCCCAGCUCGACUGUCUCCAGAGGGACAAUUACAUACGAUCGGUGAAGCUCCUACCGGACGGGAGAACGUUGAUCGUCGGCGGAGAAGCCAGUCAGCUGAGUAUCUGGGACUUGGCGAGUCCCACGCCCCGAAUAAAAGCGGAACUCACGUCCUCGGCGCCGGCCUGCUACGCCCUCGCGAUAUCCCCGGAUUCUAAGGUCUGCUUCAGCUGCUGCAGCGACGGGAACAUCGCGGUCUGGGACCUGCAGAACCAGACGCUCGUCCGACAGUUCCAAGGGCACACGGACGGUGCUUCUUGCAUCGACAUAUCCGCCGACGGGUCGAAACUCUGGACGGGAGGACUCGACAACACGGUGAGAUCUUGGGACCUCCGCGAAGGUCGGCAGCUGCAACAGCACGAUUUCACAUCCCAGAUAUUUUCACUGGGCUACUGUCCCGCCGGUGAAUGGCUCGCCGUUGGUAUGGAGAACUCCAACGUCGAGGUCCUGCACGCUACCAAACCAGACAAGUACCAACUUCACCUUCACGAGUCAUGCGUUCUGUCGCUGAGGUUCGCGUCCUGCGGGAAGUGGUUUGUCUCCACCGGGAAGGACAACCUUCUCAACGCCUGGCGCACGCCUUACGGAGCCUCGAUUUUCCAGUCCAAAGAAUCCUCGUCGGUGUUGAGUUGCGACAUUUCCGCAGACGACAAAUACAUCGUCACCGGAUCGGGCGACAAAAAGGCUACCGUCUACGAAGUGAUAUACUGAGCACCCGUUCUCACCACCCUCUGCGUUAUACAUACUUAGGAUACGACGAAGUGAGAGAAAAAAAUAAAAUUAUUAAAUAAUGUUAGUCAUACAGUAAUGAUAAUGAUGAAUAAUAACGAUUAGAAGUGUAGAUGAAUCCUUCCAACGAGAUCUCAAGAUGUCCGAGUCUAUUGUAAAUACACUAUUUACCACGAUAAAAUGAUAAUAACAAUAACGAUAAAAAUGAUAAUGAUGAUGAUAUGAAUGAUGAUAACGAUACAGCACUUAUAAAUACAUAUAUAUAUAUAUAAAAGGAUUAUACAUAUUAUUAUUGAUACAACUUGACGUUACAUAUGUACAUUUUGUAUAUAAAUUACUUCAUACAUCCUAUCAUAUUUUUCUACCGUGCUGAGGAAAAAUUCGAAAUGUAAAUAUUUGAUUAUAUUAUAGGUAUAUGUAUAAACCCCAUACGUCUGUUAAAUAAUAACGAUAAUAAUCACGAUAACAAUAAUAAUAUUAACAAUAAUGAUAACAAUAGUGACAAAAAAAAAAAAUAAUAAUUGAUUAAGAAAAAUAAUACGAUUAAAAAGUAACCCUAAUAACGACAACGGUAAUAAUAACAUUAAUAUUAAUUUGACGCGUUAUUAAUAUCUUGCCAUUUCACCUCCCAUUUCCCACAGUUGAAUGCAUUAUUAAUAAAUGACAUCUGAAAUUUAUCGGA